CGUCCGCACGUCCGGGCCGGCCGCCCCUCGGCCGCUGCUUGCCCGCCCGUCCGCCUUCCCUCUGCAGUCCCCCGGCCACCCAGUCCCGGGGGCGGGAGAAGCCGGGAGGAGCGACCCCGCGCCCGCCGCGGUCUGCGUCCUGGGAUCCUUCCGCCCCUCACCUGACAGAUUAUCUGCAAUGAUGAAAUGAAGUAACUCAAGAUGAGCAAGUUAAAAGUGGUAUCAGAGAAGAGCCUUACCAAUAAUUCACGGAUCGUGGGACUCCUGGCUCAGCUGGAGAAGAUCAAUACUGAAUCUGCAGAAUCAGAUACUGCCCGAUAUGUUACAUCAAAAAUUCUUCAUCUGGCCCAAAGUCAAGAAAAGACAAGGAGAGAAAUGACAGCCAAAGGUUCUACAGGAAUGGAAGUUCUGCUGUCAACCCUAGAGAACACGAAAGAUCUUCAAACUACACUUAAUAUCUUAAGCAUUCUUGUUGAGCUGGUGUCAGCUGGUGGAGGUCGAAGAGCGAGUUUCUUGGUCGCCAAAGGUGGUUCACAAAUAUUGUUGCAGUUACUAACGAAUGCUAGCAAAGAAUCUCCCCAGAAUGAGGAGUUAAUGGUGCAGAUUCAUUCUAUUCUUGCAAAGAUUGGACCAAAAGACAAAAAAUUUGGAGUGAAAGCUAGAAUUAAUGGAGCUCUGAAUAUAACUCUGAAUUUGGUCAAACAGAAUUUGCAGAAUCAUCGCUUGGUUUUGCCUUGUCUUCAGCUCUUACGAGUAUAUUCUGCCAAUUCUGUGAAUUCAGUAUCCUUAGGGAAAAAUGGAGUUGUGGAGCUGCUGUUUAAAAUCAUUGGACCAUUUAGUAAGAAGAAUUCGGGUCUCAUGAAGGUUGCUUUAGACACUCUUGCUGCAUUGCUAAAAUCAAAAACAAACGCCAGGAGAGCUGUAGACAGAGGAUAUGUCCAAGUCCUUUUAACAAUUUAUGUAGAUUGGCACCGCCAUGAUAACCGGCAUAGAAACAUGCUCAUUCGGAAAGGAAUUUUACAGAGUUUAAAAAGUGUUACAAACAUCAAGUUGGGAAGAAAAGCAUUUAUAGAUGCCAAUGGGAUGAAAAUUCUCUAUAACACUUCACAAGAAUGUUUGGCAGUUAGGACCCUUGAUCCUCUUGUCAACACCUCCAGUCUAAUAAUGAGGAAGUGUUUUCCUAAAAAUCGCCUGCCACUCCCAACGAUUAAAAGUUCUUUCCGUUUCCAGUUGCCAGUUAUUCCUGUGACUGGGCCUGUGGCCCAGCUCUACAGUUUACCCCCUGAAGUGGACGACGUAGUGGAUGAAAGUGAUGACAACGAUGAGCUUGACUUAGAAGCCGAAAAUGAAACUGAAAAUGAAGAUGACGUAGAUCAAAAUUUUAAGAAUGAUGAUAUUGAAACGGAUAUUAACAAGCUAAAACCCCAGCAGGAACCAGGACGAACGAUAGAAGAACUUAAAAUGUAUGAACACCUUUUCCCUGAGCUUGUUGAUGAUUUUCAGGACUAUGAUUUAAUCUCCAAAGAACCAAAGCCUUUUGUAUUUGAGGGGAAAGUACGCGGCCCUAUUGUUGUUCCUACAGCUGGAGAGGAAGCAUCUGGAAAUUCAGGCAAUUUAAGAAAAGGAGUUGUAAGGAAGGUGCAUGUGUCUCCUAAAGGAGACGAAGGUGAUAAGAAACCUACCUGUAUGGAUCUGGCAAAAGAAGAUAUGAAAGAUAAUGGCAGAACAUCACAACAGCAGCCGGGUGAUCAAAAUAGAACUAUUUCUUCCACCCAGGGCCUAAACAACGAUAUUGUGAAGGCAUUGGACCGAAUUACGUUGCAGAAUCUUCCUUCUCAGACAGGCCCGGGUUUUACCGCAGGAGGGAAGAAGGACUACAGUCUCCCUCUCACUGUCCUUACGUGCACUAAAGCUUGUCCACACAUGGCUGCUUGCGGAAAUGUUCUGUUUGAGGGAAGAACAGUUCAGCUAGGGAAGCUUUGUUGUACUGGAGUUGAAACUGAGGAUGAUGAAGAUACAGAGUCUACUUCAUCAGUGGAACAGACAUCAGUGGAAGUCUCAGAUGGACCCACACUCCACGACUCAGAUCUCUAUAUUGAGAUUGUGAAAAAUACAAAGUCUGUCCCAGAAUAUUCAGAGGUGGCUUAUCCUGAUUAUUUUGGUCACAUUCCACCUCCAUUCAAAGAGCCUAUCUUAGAAAGACCUUACGGUGUACAAAGGACAAAAAUUGCCCAAGAUAUUGAGAGGUUAAUACAUCAGAGUGAUAUCAUAGAUCGAGUGGUAUAUGACUUGGAUAACCCAAAUUACACUGUUCCAGAAGAAGGAGAUAUUUUGAAGUUUAACUCCAAAUUUGAAUCUGGGAAUCUGCGCAAAGUAAUUCAAAUUAGAAAAAAUGAAUAUGAUCUUAUUCUGAACUCAGAUAUAAAUAGCAAUCAUUAUCAUCAGUGGUUUUACUUUGAAGUCAGUGGAAUGCGACCAGGUGUUGCUUACAGGUUUAACAUCAUUAACUGUGAAAAGUCCAACAGUCAAUUUAAUUAUGGUAUGCAACCACUCAUGUAUUCGGUUCAGGAAGCAUUAAAUGCCAGACCAUGGUGGAUUCGUGUGGGAACUGACAUUUGUUAUUACAAAAAUCACUUCUCAAGAAGUUCAGUUGCUGCAGGUGGGCAAAAGGGAAAAUCCUACUAUACAAUUACAUUCACUGUCAAUUUUCCACAUAAAGAUGAUGUUUGCUACUUUGCUUAUCACUAUCCAUACACAUAUUCAACUUUACAGAUGCAUCUUCAAAAAUUGGAAUCAGCACACAAUCCUCAGCAAAUCUAUUUUCGAAAAGAUGUGUUAUGUGAAACCCUGUCUGGAAACACCUGUCCCUUGGUGACUAUAACAGCAAUGCCAGAGUCUAAUUAUUAUGAACAUAUCUGUCAAUUCAGAAAUCGCCCUUACGUUUUCUUGUCUGCUCGGGUCCAUCCUGGAGAAACUAACGCAAGUUGGGUAAUGAAAGGAACAUUGGAGUAUCUCAUGAGUAAUAACCCUACUGCUCAGAGCUUACGAGAAUCCUAUAUUUUUAAAAUUGUCCCUAUGCUAAAUCCAGAUGGUGUCAUCAAUGGAAAUCACCGCUGUUCUUUAAGUGGAGAGGAUCUGAAUAGACAGUGGCAAAGUCCAAAUCCAGAUUUACAUCCUACAAUUUACCAUGCUAAGGGGCUGCUACAAUACCUGGCCGCUGUGAAGCAUUUACCACUGGUUUAUUGUGAUUAUCAUGGCCACUCCCGAAAGAAGAAUGUAUUUAUGUAUGGCUGCAGCAUCAAAGAGACAGUAUGGCAUACCAGUGAUAAUGCAGCUUCAUGUGAUGUCGUGGAAGAUGUAGGAUACAGGACCUUGCCUAAGAUACUGAGCCAUAUUGCCCCAGCAUUUUGCAUGAGCAGCUGUAGCUUUGUAGUGGAAAAAUCUAAAGAAUCCACGGCACGUGUUGUGGUUUGGAGGGAGAUAGGCGUACAAAGAAGCUAUACCAUGGAAAGUACUUUGUGUGGCUGUGAUCAGGGAAAAUAUAAGGGUCUACAGAUUGGUACUCGAGAAUUGGAAGAGAUGGGAGCAAAAUUUUGUGUUGGUCUGCUGCGUUUGAAAAGACUGACAUCCCCAUUGGAAUAUAAUCUGCCUUCCAGCCUGCUUGACUUUGAAAAUGACUUGAUUGAAUCAAACUGCAAAGUAACGAGCCCUACCACUUACGUCCUGGAUGAAGAUGAGCCUCGCUUCCUUGAAGAAGUGGAUUACAGUGCAGAAAGUAAUGACGACUUAGAUACUGAAUUGGCAGAAAACGCAGGAGAUUACGAACCUUCUGCUCAAGAAGAAGCACUUUCUGACUCCGAAUUAUCAAGAACAUACCUACCUUAAGCCUUCUACCAUCUCUUGUUAACUGAAAAAAGAAAUGAAAUAUCUUGGGUUUUCUUACACAGGAAGUUUGAGAGAAAAGAGUUAAAUAGCUAACUCGAGAAAGACAAAAAGUAACUUGGGCCUGUUUGGUUUCAAGACAAUAAAUAUGUUAUUAAUUCAUGAUAACAUUGGCACUUGUUUUAUUUCAGAUAUUCGGUGCACUUGAUACCGCACUGAAUGAUCAAAUACUGGAUUUACCUGUUUUUAAAAACCUGAGUAUCACUGCAUGAAUUUUUAUCUUUAAUGGUUAUAUCCUGCAUCAAAGGGGUAAAUUUUAAAGUGUGUGAGAAUAUAAAAUCUGAAUUCUAGAGUGGUUGAAAAUCCCGAGUUGUUGAAAACUAAUAUAUAUGUACAUGGAUUUCUCUAGCUGUGACUGUGUAGUGUGGUUAGACAUCGAAGAUAAGACUGUUCUUCAGAAUCAUGUUAACUGUGGAGUUGCGACUGAAAUCACCCAGAGUUUGCCUUGAAACCAUUACAGUCUCCAUUUACCAAAUUAAACAAAUAAAAGCUGUAUUAAAUAUUGGAUUCAUUUCGUCAUCCUUUUUAACCAGCCCAGAUUAUUUGGUUUGUGGAAUCUUUGUGAGGCUAUUAUAAAAAUCCAACAUCUGAACACACUGGUAAAAACUUGUGAAAAGAAAAAAGGGCCGAAUUUACUGGUGUUAAGUUUUUACGGUAUACGUGAAACUGUACCUAUUGUAGAAGAUACAUUUGAACAGCUCUCUUCUCUAAAACUGUGUCUCGUGGGUGUACCUGAAAUUUAUCAGUGAGAGUGUGAUCCAGUGUUAAGUGUGUGUCUCUGUAUUAAGCAUAUUUAGUGUUUCCUGAGUUGUGUGAUGCUGUUAGAUUUACUGAAGGGAGUUCACCUAGGGCGUGCCGACCCUGGUGUCCGAGUCUAGGUGACCGCGAUGAUGGUAGACCAUUUCUUGUAGUGACAUCUUUGCGGGUUUCAGCUGCCCUGCUGCAGGAAUGAUUUUGUCUUCAAAUAAAAUAAAACUAGUUCAGCAACUCUGGAUAAGUGUCCUAAGAACUAAGUUUCGGUUAUAAUAACACAAACCCAAAGGAGAUACCUCAUUCUUGGAUUCUUGCCAGGACUCACAUGCUUCGCUUUUGGUACAUUGUCUUUGCUUAUUCCUGGUUACAAUUCUUUUAUGUCUUUUUUAAAAACCUGUAAUAAUGGAAAAGAAAAGAUAAAAGUGUAUUUCAUGUUUUUGCCUUUUCCAAAUCAGUGAUUUUCACUGUCUUUAUUUGAGGCAUUUUAUCCAUGGUAUAGCUUAUUUCUGGUGUCCUAGGAGCCAUGUUUAAACACCUAGCACGGGGCAAUUGAGCUCUUUUUCUCUUAGGAACCGAAUUCUUAUGAAUCUCAGAAAAUACAGACUGGAUUGUGAGGAUUGCCAAUCCUCUUACUGUGUGGUGAGCUAAUGUGGGAAAGAUGAAGAUACUUUGUAAGGUCACACCUUAUUUAUUUAAUAAUCCAAUAAUUAGUAAAGUAAUUUAUUUUUUAUUUAUAUACUUCAUAUAUAAAAUAAUUAGAUAUUUAAUUAUAAUUUUUUUCAGAGAGUGGAUUGGAGCCACUGUGUCUGUAUGUAAAUUUUUCUUGCUUCUUAUAAAACUAAAAAUUGAAACCCAAGGUAUCCAUGUAUGAGAAGCAAUUACAGUUACUGUAAUGUGAAGAAUAACUCAAAGCUUGAAUUUAUUAUGUUGGCAGUUUAAAAAUCCCUUACUGUAAUAUUUCAUAUCGAUGAAGUACAUCUUUUAGUGUAUGUUAUAAAACCGAAUAUGCCUUUUAUUAAAUAAUUAUUCACAAGGUGGAAGAGAAGCCUUUAUAGUUAGGAAAUGAUAUUUUCCUUAAUAAGCAGCUUUGGAAAAAUAAGAAUUUAAAAUCCUAACUUUCCUAAAUAGGGGUAAAGCUAAAUGUAAUUGGCUCUUAGUAGCUAAAACUGCCCUAAAUGUUAUCCCUGUUGUCUAUUUCUUUUCAGGAUUUUCAAAGAAUAAGUGAGAUGCCUUCAGUGCCAUACUUCUGAAAAGUAAUGUGUGGCUGACAACCUGAGUCUAAUGACAGAGUUUAGAUUUAUUUAAUUUGCCUUGUUUUUGGAACUAUGAAUAUUCUUAAAUGUAGAUGGUCUAAUCCAGUGGUUCUCAUCCUGUGUUGUGUGCAUCAGAAUCACCUGGGGAACUUGCUUCUUUUUUAAGAGAUUCUGUAGACCUGCGUGGGCCCCAAAUGUACAUUUCUUCAAAAUUCUCAGGUGGUAAUGCUGUAGGCAUCGCUCCGGCAGAACCACUGUCUCCCCUGAUGCGCUCUUCCAGCCUCCAGUUUCCUAAGAGGAAGUUAGCACCAGGGAUGGUUCCGAUCAAACUAAUUUGUAGAAUCAAGAAAAUAGACACACACAGAUCAAGCGAGGUCACAGGGGCACGCAAUCCAGAUCAAACUAAUUUGUAGAAUCAAGAAAAUAGACACACACAGAUCAAGCGAGGUCACAGGGGCUCCAGCCCAGGCCUGCAGACAACUAGUCUUGUGUUGUCUCCUUGCCGCAAAAGGAGAUGCUGUUGUUGGCCUUUCCCCAGAAAGGGAGAACCGUGAAAGGCUUGAGGGUCUGUCUUGAGUUUGUGAAAUGUAUUCAGGCGGGGCAGCAUGCAAAAACCUAUGGUUCAGAUCAGCUUCUCCUUUGCUGCAGUCAUAGUAUUGUUUGAAGACAGGAUUUUGUCCUGCCUUAGUAUCUUUCUUACUCAGUUCCUGCCAGGUCUCCCAGUUUUGUGUGGUAUUUAGAAACAUGGACAUUUGUCUGAAUCCUAAUUGCAAAUAAGUAACCUGGAGUCUCACUUCAGAUAGCGCACUAACAGCAAUGAAUACUAUCUUUCUACAUUUCCAAUGUCCAAGUUAACAUGACCAUAUUAUUAUAAGCACUGAAAUGGAUAAUAUAAUGUACUAAUGGAAUUGUCUUUGUGCAUGAUCCAGAAAUAAAUGACAGUAA